UCCUCCUCUCCAACACGGAACUUACUUCAGGCGCGUUUGUUUACAUGCGGAUGAAGCGUCGCUAGCUGCUGUUAGCGCUUACCAUUAACUUAACACAACGUUUUCCACUUAGCUGACAUCUUAGACCGUCUGCCAUGGGGAAGUCGUUCGCAAACUUCAUGUGCAAGAAGGAUUUCCACCCUGCGUCGAAGUCAAAUAUCAAAAAGGUAUGGAUAGCAGAACAGAAACUGAAUUUCGAGAAGACGAAGCAAGAAGAUCUCAUGCAAGCGUACCUGAAAGAGCAGGACAAUUACAAUAACAGGUUGUUGAUGGGAGAUGAUCGUGUUAAAAAUGGCCUCAAUUUCAUGUACGAGGCUCCACCUGGAGCAUCCAAAGAGGAGAAGAAAGAGGAGGGGGAAGAAGAGUGCAAAUUUGAGUGGCAGAAGGUGGCUCCUCGAGAGAAGUACGCAAAGGAUGAUAUGAAUAUUAGAGAUCAGCCUUUUGGUAUCCAGGUGCGCAACGUGAGAUGCAUCAAAUGCCACAAAUGGGGCCACGUGAACACAGACAGAGAGUGUCCUCUCUAUGGGCUAUCUGGUAUCAAUGCCAGCUCCGUGGCUUCAGAGGAAGCAGCAGGUCCGUCGAUGCACCCCUCGGAGUUAAUGGCGGAGAUGCGAAACAGUGGGUUUGCCCUGAAAAAAUGUGUCCUUGGUAGGAAUUCUACUGUUUGUGAUCCAUCGCAGGAAUAUGUUGCCAGUGAGGAAGAGGAAGAUCCUGAGGUGGAAUUUCUGAAGUCAUUAACAACCAAGCAAAAACAGAAGCUCCUCAGAAAACUUGAUCACCUGGAAAAGCAGAAGGCCAAGAAAAAGAAGAGCAAAAAGCAGAAGAAGAAAAGCAAAAGAAAGCAUAAGAAAAAGCAUGAAAGCAGUGAUAGUUCGAGUGAGUCCUCCGAUAGCAGCAGCAGCAGUGAUAUUGGCUCAGAUUCAGACAGCCACGGCAAGUUCAAGAGCCAAAAGAGAAAGAAGAACAAGAAAAAAGAAUCCUGCCGGGAUAACAGCUCAGAGAGCGAUAGACGAGUCAAGAGUCAGAAAAAGGCCUCCUCUCACAGGAGCAGGUCACCGAGCCCUCGCACUAGACAUAAGCUGCCUGAAGAGGAGUCCGGAGAUUAUAGACAAACAAGGACAGAGAGGGGAAGAAGCAGGAGUCGACAGCGCAGCCCGGACAACAAGAUCAAGCUGGAGGGAGGUCAAGAGAGAAAGAGGCACAACAGCAGGGACAGCAAGAGACCUAGUGGCUCCAAGUCUGGCUUGGAGAGAAGUCGGAGCCGCGAGAGAGGCAGGGAGGACAGAGGUAAAGACAGGCAUCACAGUAGAGAUGGUGAGAGGAACAGAAGUAUCACAGAUGGAAAGAGAGGCAGAACAGCAGAUGGGAGGAGUAGAAGCAGAGAAAGGAGGAAGGAAAGGGAGGGCAGAAAAAGAAGCAGGAGCAGGGAAAGAAGAGAGAGAAGCCAAGAUAGAAUAAAAAGAAAGCAUUGAGUCCAAUAUUGCACUAAGUGUAUAAAUAUUUUGGAUUUUCUUUUUUUUUUGCAACUGUUUUAGUUGGCACAGUGUUGUCUAUUUAAAAUUCAAAUUGCAGAUAAUAUUGUGCGGCUCUCUUUUCCUCCAGUAGAGGGAAGCAGUCGACAGAAAAUAUCCAGAUGCAGCUCGUUGCACUCUGUGUUGUCUCUACUGUAUGAAGGGAUCUGAAUUAAUUGAUUACCAUUGGAAGCAAUUUGCAGCUAUGAUCCGCUGAUGGGAAAAUGUUGGACUCAUUUUCAUGGUCAGUUGGCCACUAGAAAGACUAUUUCUGUAGCUGCAGUUUUUAUGUCACUUUUAUAAUUGUGUUCUUGUCUUUUUUUUUGGGGGGGGGGGUCGACAUUGUAAGAUGUAACGAUAAGACGGCUGAUUCCUGAAUGAAAACAGAACAUUUCAUUUCUGAUUAAAUUUUGAAACCUCCCAAUUUUUUGCUCUUUUUUUAUUGCAGCGGGUUAAAUGAAUGUUAGCGCUGUAACUCUUUUCAAAAUAAUUUUUUUUCUGUUGAUUGAUUGCCACUAAAU